AUGAAUGAUUGGAGACCUUUUGUAUAUGGAGGUUUAGCAUCUGUCACCGCUGAGUGUGGUACAUUUCCAAUAGACACAACCAAAACAAGGCUUCAGAUCCAAGGGCAAGUGAUAGACGCUCGGUUAACAGAAUGCAAAUACAGGGGAAUGUUUCAUGCCUUUGUAAGGAUCUUUCACGAGGAAGGAUUCCAUGCCCUAUACUCAGGCCUUGGUCCAGCUGUUUUACGGCAAGCUACUUAUGGUACUAUCAAAAUCGGUGUUUACCAGUCUAUGAAAAGAAUGUUUGUGUCCGACCCAAUGGAUGAAACAAUGGUGAUCAAUGUGUUUAGUGGUGUGUUGGCAGGAGUUGUCUCCAGUUCCAUAGCCAAUCCAACUGAUGUACUUAAGGUGCGGAUGCAAGCAUGCACAGCAGCUGGGCAGACAUCCAUGUUCAAAUCUUUCAUACAUAUCUAUCAAAAUGAAGGAAUACCUGGACUUUGGAGAGGAGUUAUUCCGACUGCACAAAGAGCAGCUGUUGUUGCUGGAGUGGAGCUACCCGUCUAUGAUAUCACCAAGAAACAUAUAAUCAAAUCAGACUUAAUGGGAGAUCAUGCAGGCACUCAUUUUCUAGCCAGUUUUACUGCAGGUCUGGCAGGUGCUGUAACUUCCAAUCCAAUAGAUGUUGUAAAGACCCGUCUGAUGAAUCAACGUGUAAUUAAAGUAGUUGGGGAAGCUGGAACUGCCCCAGCUAUUUAUGCUUCUUCUAUGGAUUGCCUUGUGCAGACUGUCAAAUCUGAAGGUUUCUUUGCACUCUACAAAGGUUUCAUUCCAACUUGGGUGAGACUUGGACCCUGGAAUAUUAUCUUUUUCUUGACAUUUGAACAACUCAAGAAAUCUUUCUAA